AUGUUACGCUGGCUACGGCCGUUUCCUGGAAACUUCCUUCGGAUUGCGCGCGUCCAUCCUCGUAGAGAAUGUCUUGGCCCGGUCGUAUCCAGGACCAGGGACUUGGACACUUUUCGAUCAGCCAGAAGAUGGGCUACUUCUGUAACCCCGCACUCUACAGCUUCGGAUCCUGCCGAGGCAGAGGCAUUGCGCUGUCUUGAGCAGGGGACUACGAAAUUGGAAGAAGGUGAUGUAGAAGCUGCCAAAGAACUCUACCGGCGUAGCACAGAAAUCAAGCGGAAUGCGAGCUCCCUAUUCAAUUUGGGGGUCACACAUUACCAUCUUAAGGAAUUCGACGAGGCCAUAGCUGCAUGGAAAGAAUCAAUAGCGCUCCAGCCGUCCAGCCCCGAUGCCCAUACCAAUCUGGCCAGUGCCUACAUAGUGUCACCUGUGGCGAGACCGGACCUUGCAUUACACCACCUGCGUAUCGCCUCCUCACUUUCUCCGGAGGACCCUGAAAUUGCCUUCAACUUAGCUGCUGUUCUCGAAGCCACCGGCCACCUAGAAGAAGCGGUGGAAUACUACGAACAUAGCAAGAAACAUGGCGUAGAACGCGCUUCGAUGCACAUCCGCAAUGUUAGCGCAAAGAUUCUGGGGAAGAGGAUGCAGGCGGCGAAAGAACCAGACUCCGACUCUAGUUCUGGCUCGUCAUGA